AUGGUGUUUUUUAGAAGGAAAUUGAGAACAGCUCAUUUUUUUUUUUUUUUGGUAGGACCCGAUAUUUGUGGAUUUGAUAUCAAGAAAGUUCAUGUUAUUUUACAUUUCAAGAAUCAGUAUCACUCAAACAAGAAAUCAAUCAGGUGUAAGGUUGAUGGCUUUACACACCUCUAUGCUCUGAUUUUAAGACCAGACCUCACUUACGAAGUGAAGAUUGAUGGUCAGUCGAUUGAAUCUGGCGACAUCGAGUAUGACUGGAACUUAACGUCACUUAAGAAGAUGAAGAAGUCCUCUGCAGAGUCCAAGGAUUGGGACCAGGCUGAAGGUGACAAAUCCCAGGACUGGGAGAAGCAUUUUCUGGAUGCCAGUGCCAGCAAGCCAAGCGACUGGAACAGUGAGCUGGAGGGGGACUGGCAGGGGCCGAUGCUGCAGAAGCCUCUGUACCAGGACGGCCUGAAACCAGAGGGUAUAGACAAAGACAUUUGGCUCCACCAGAAGAUGAAAAACAACUAUUUGACAGAAUACGACCUCUCUGAAUUUGAGAACAUUGGUGCCAUUGGACUGGAGCUUUGGCAGGUGAGAUCAGGAACCAUCUUUGAUAACUUCCUGAUCACAGACGAUGAAGAGUAUGCCGAGAAUUUUGGCAAGGCUACUUGGGGGGAAACAAAGAUUCCCACUGGAAAUCCAUUAUAUGAAUCUUAUUAUAAGCAGGUAGACCCGGCAUACACAGGGCGAGUUGGGGCGAGUGAAGCUGCGCUUUUUCUAAAGAAGUCCGGGCUCUCAGACAUUAUCCUUGGGAAGAUAUGGGACUUGGCGGACCCAGAAGGUAAAGGGUUCUUGGACAAACAGGGUUUCUAUGUUGCACUGAGACUAGUGGCCUGUGCACAGAGCGGCCAUGAAGUUACCUUGAGCAAUCUGAAUUUGAACAUGCCACCGCCUAAAUUCCACGAUACCAGCAGCCCUCUGAUGGUCACGCCGCCAUCCGCAGAGGCCCAUUGGGCUGUGAGGGUGGAAGAAAAGGCAAAAUUUGACGGAAUUUUUGAAAGCCUCUUACCCAUCAAUGGUUUGCUCUCUGGAGACAAAGUCAAGCCAGUCCUCAUGAACUCAAAGCUGCCUCUUGAUGUCCUGGGCCGG